AUGUACGGUGGUGCAUGGAUGUGGAACCCUAACAAAGUUGAAGAAUUAAUGGAGGAUGAUGAUGAAUCUUGGGAAGUCAAAGCCUUUGAGCAAGACACUAAAGGCAACAUCUCUGGUACUACUUGGCCUCCAAGAUCCUACACUUGCAAUUUCUGUCGCCGUGAGUUCCGUUCUGCUCAAGCCUUAGGCGGUCACAUGAACGUUCACCGCCGUGACCGUGCCUCAUCUAGGGCUCAUCAAGGUCCCGUAGCCGCGGCGGCUAGGGGCGGUGGUGGAGGCAGUCGAGGAGGCAGUGGCUCGACGUUCCUCAAUUCUUGUGUUCCACCAACGCUUAUAAUCCAAUCCACGGCGAGUAACAUUGAAGGUUUGUCCCAUUUCUACCAAUUGCAAAACCCUAAUGGCAUUUUUGGUAAUUCCGGUGAUAUGAUGAAUCUCUAUGGUACGACUUCGUUUCCUUCGAGCAAUCUUGCGUUUUCGGUGUUGAAUUCGCCGGUAGAAGCUCCUCCUCGGCUUAUUGAAUAUUCGACAGGAGAUGAUGAGAGCAACGGCUCGAUGAAAGAGACGACGAGAGCAUCAGUGGAUGAGCCUGAUCUUGAACUUCGAUUAGGGCAUAAUCCACCGUGA